AUGCUCGUCGGGUUGCCCUGGACCUCUGAUAAUCAAGAUGCAGAGCCAAACUAUACCAAAACACAGGGCACAAAUGCACCGGAUGCCUGUGUUCUCGGAAAAACCGAGAAGAGAUAUGCGUAUGCGUUGGUUGGAAAUCGGCAGGGUCGUAUUGACGAGGGGCAACAGCUUUGGCGGGCUGAACCGCUGGAAUUCUCGCUGGAGUCUGAGCUUGAACAUUGCGGAAUAAAAAGCCUCGAUUUCCCAGCUGUUGUCAAGCACACCAAAGACGUUGUUUCGGUAGAUAAGUAG